AGGUGGUCUUCGUGACUCGCAAACUCACACUGAAUGUGGCCAAAGUGGACCUCAUGGUGAACUUGAUCAGCGCGGCACAGAAGUGUGGCACUGGGCCUGAUCCCAAUCCCGCCACCACCACGACCACCACGAUGGGUUUGGGCUUGGUGGCCACGGCGCCCGUCCUGACGUUGGGACCUCAAAGCGAGGACUGUGACCAUUGGGCCUUCCGCGCUUAUGCGACUCCCAAUGUCACUGCCGUUGACCGUCUCUCUGGAAAUGCGGGCGAUGUCGUCACCAUUGAAGUGAACAUGCCUGCGGACUUUGCGGAUGCUGUUAG